CAGUACCGUGAGCUGGGCUGCUGAUAAAGCCGGGAACUGCGGUCUCUUGGCCGCUACGGUCUCCUCGAGCUGCGCGUCCCGCUUCCGCUUCUGGCUCCUCUUAGAUCUGACUUUCUCAAACGCGUCCGUGUUUCCCUCGCAGUCCAUACUAGCGCUCGCCUCCGCCGGCGUGUUCGACACCGACUCCAUCGCGAAGAAAACAGCGUUUAGACACGACACUGCGGCAGAGAUGUUCACCACGUGGCUUCUGCCAUGGUACAGACGGAAAGGACCUUAUAGCUGCCCAACCAGUGCCAAGUGCUGCCACUUAUUAAAUGAAUCAUGUGUUUCCAUGUUAGCUGCCAAAGUGAUUUUAACUUAAUUAAUCUUUCUUACAAAUAUUAAAUGAACGUAUAUCAUAGUCUAUCCGCAUGGUAAAGAUUUGCCGUUGAUUUUGGUCAGGCCAGAAGUAAGGCAGCUAUGUGUUGUGGGAGGGUCCUUAUCGCAAAAGAAAACACGCGCACCGCUGCUGAAAUCUCUCCUGCUUUCCGCUCAAACUGACCGGUUUCUGCGCUUUGAUCGAAGGUUAAAGGUUAAAGCAGCAUGUCAGCAGCGCUCGAGAAGCCGCAGAUCAUCGCGCACAUCCAGAAGAGUCUGAGCUACACGGUGUUUGACAGCAGAUGGCUUCCCUGCAGCGCCAAGUUUGUUUGUAUGGGAAACUUCGCCCGAGGAACCGGAGUCCUGCAGAUCUACGAGGUCCAGCGCGGGGAGCUGCAGCUGGUCAGAGAGAUCGAGAAAGCCAAGCCGAUCAAGUGCGGGACGUUUGGAGCCACAUCUCUCCAGCAGAGGCAUCUGGCCACGGGGGACUUUGACGGCAGCCUGGAUGUUUGGAAUCUGGAGGUGCCGGAGAGCCCGGUGUACUCGGUGAAGGCACACAAGGAGAUCAUCAACAGCAUUGAUGGAGUGGGCGGACUGGGCAUCGGCGACGGGGCCCCUGAGAUCGUCACCGGGAGCCGAGACGGUGACUAG